AUGAUUUUUUUGAGCAACAAGCAAGCCAAAGUCGCGGCCCUAGAAACCCGCUUUGUCAAUCUGACGCUUGCUGCCUGUAACUCGGUGGAAGAUUAUUGUCAACAGCUCAAAGAUUUGGCCAACCAACUAGUUGAUGUUGAUCAACCUGUUCCCGAGCAGCAUCUUGUAUUACAACUUGUUCGAGUUCUUGUCACUCCUGCCGCUCCUGCCCUUACUCCAAUCCAACAGCAGUCCACUCCUUCUGAUCCGAACAGCAGCAACACCUCUCAACAGCCACAGUCGCAAUACCGGGGCAGAGGUAGGGGUUGCGGGCAGCAAUACUGGGGCCGAAGACAUGGACGUGGGAACCGAAACUUUCAAUCUAGUUGGGUGUUUCAGAAUAACUCCUACCCCCAAUCGCCUAUUGUAGAUGCAGAUUCGUUGUGA